AUGCUUGAGAAGGUGGACUGCCUUCUCACGGUCAACACUGACGAGGACGACUUUGCGAUCAAGACAGUCCAGCUCUCCUUCAGAGAUGCAGACGAAUCUACGAGAGAUGAAGUGCCGUACUUCCUGGAGUGGGUCAAGCCCACGUACCGUGACAGCGUUCAGAACUGGAUCCAGGCGCACGUGAACGCGCAUUUCUCUGGUUUGCCAACCACGGAGCACCCGUUACGUGGUACCAAGCUCUUCUCGCCCUUUACGAGUGCCGAUACGAUGCUCUCAGGGCUCAUGGAGGUCUGCGAGAUUGAGGAGGUGGAUGACGAGAGCGUCGAGCACGUUUCGGCUGCCGGUUCCAGUUCAGGCACAAACUACGAUACGACCAUGCAGGUGCGUCUUCAGAUGCGGAACCUCUUCGUCCACUGA